AUGUGGGUACUUGGUCUCCACAAAGUCCAUGGAGAAGAGAGCAUUGUAGUGCUCUUGGUACAUGGGGAGCUCAUCCUCCUCUUUCUGACUCAGCCUCCUCCAUGGCUCAUCUUGGUUCUCUUGAUCUCUUCAUCAACCAAUUGUUCACCUCUUCUCCUUCCUCUUCACUCUCAGUCUCAUCACUCCUUCUUCAUUUGGAGACCAUCCCUCCUCUUGAACAAGGUUCACUCCAAUCUCAAACUCCCCUUGCUCACUCUCACUACUAAUGGGUCAUUCCUCUUCUUGGUUCCUCCUUUCUUCCCUCAAUCUCUCACUCUCAGACUCUUCCUCAGAGUAGACAUAUCCUCUGCAUCAGACUCUUCCAUCUUGAUCAUCCUCUCCAAAUCGGCUUGCAUCUUAAGCCUUUCUCUCUUGCAUUGCUUGAUUCACCCUCAACCAUUCUCCUUUGUGAAGCACGCUUCCCUCACUGUUUGUCAUCUUGUUACACUGUUUCUUCACUAA